AUGAAACAACUUGCUCGCCGGUACGUGUACUGGAAAUUUAUUGACAAGCAUGUCAAAAGAGUUGUGAGAGAAUGUGCUGUAAGAGCUCUAUUAAGAUGUAGACCACCAAAAGCACCUCUUAACCCUUCGGAGAUACCAGAGAACAACUGUCAGCGGAUUCACGUUGACUACGCUGAGCCAUUCCAUAACCACAACUUUCUCGUUGUUAUGGAUGCAAAAUCCAAACGGGUGGAAAUGGAAGUAUGCUAUUCAGGUCCAACUUCAACAUCGACUAUAGAAAUGAUUCAAAAUGUAUUCGCUCGCUACGGAUACCCAGACGUGAUGGUGUCGUACAAUGAUGCGAUCUUCACCAUCGAAAAUCUCCAGAAGUUCUAA